GCAAGGAGGAUCGGCGGGCGCACAUGGCGCUGUACAGCGCGGCCGCCGCGGUGCUGGAGGGGCUGGAGCGCGGCCAGGGCGGCCUCAAGAGCCUCGUGUACAACAGCGGCUUCCCGCACGUCCGGCAGCUGUACGCGCUGGUGUCCGAGACCCUCCGCUACGCGCCGGUGCUGGAGAAGCUGCUGGAUGGAGCCGCGCUGCUGCAGGCCGAGAAGAAGCUGCCCCCGCAGCUGGCUAAGGUGCUGGUGUACGACCUGCUCUUCGGCAAAGGGCUCAAGUGCGGGGGCCGCUGGAAGGCCCUGGCCCGGCGGCACCGGGCGCGGCUGGAGGCCGAGCUGGCCCGGCUGAAGGUGCGGCACAAGGUGAGCCGCAACGAGGACCUGCUGGCCCCGGAGCAGGCGAGUCCCGCAGCCUCCCAGGUCCCGCGCUACGUCCGGGUCAACACCCUGAAGACUUGUGUGGACGAUGUGAUCGACUUCUUCAAGCGCCAGGGAUACUCCUACCUGGGCAAGGCAGCCAGCUUGGAGGAGCUGAAGGCCCUCUCCGGAAAGAAGUUCUUGUUGGAUCCUCAUCUCCCAGAGCUGCUGGUUUUCCCUCUGCAGACAGACCUCCAUGACAACCUGCUGUAUACUUCAGGACACAUCAUUCUGCAGGACAAGGCCAGUUGCCUCCCUGCCUUCCUCCUCAGCCCUACUGCUGGUUCCCACGUCAUCGAUGCCUGUGCUGCCCCUGGGAACAAAACCAGCCACCUGGCUGCCAUCCUGAAGAAUAAGGGCCAGAUCUUUGCCUUUGACGUGGACCCCAAGCGUGUGGCCACCAUGAACACGCUGCUGGCACGGGCAGGGGUCACCGGCUGCCAGCUGGCCCAGCAGGACUUCCUGGCUGUGGACCCUGGAGACCCCAAGUACAGCAGGGUGACCCAUAUCCUGCUCGACCCGUCCUGCAGCGGCUCAGGGAUGGUGACCCGAGGGCCAGGGGAGGAGGUGGCCCCGAGUGCCGAGCGGCUGCAGGCUCUGGCUGGGUUCCAGCGGCGGGUCCUGGGCCAUGCCCUGAGCUUCCCGGCCCUCCGGCGCCUGGUCUACUCCACCUGCUCCCUGCACCGCGAGGAGAACGAGGACGUGGUGCAGGCUGUGCUGCAGGAGCGGGGCUCAGCCUUCAGGCUGGUGACUGCCUUCCCAUCCUGGCCCUGCCGAGGACUCGCUGCCUUCCCUGGAGCUGAGAGCUGCCUCCGAGCGUCCCCGGCAGAGACUCUCACCCAGGGCUUCUUUGUGGCUGUGCUGGAGCGGUGCAAGGAAGGGGCUGAUGCCCCCAGCUCCCUGCCUGUGGCAGCUGAGGAGAAGCCACAGCCCAGAGAGGAAAAGGAGCCAGGAGCAGCUCCCAGGAAGAGGAAAAGGAAAAAGCAGCGGGUGAAAGAGUGAAACAAUUUUUUGGACUGCCCCCUGCCCAGCUGGGGCUGCAGGGAACACUCCUACUGCCUGGGCACAAGUCAGGGUUUGUGCCCACUGCAGCUGCAGUGGGAAGUCUGUAACCCCUGCACUGAGUGCCAGCCCUGGGGUCACCCCGGUGCCAGGAAGGGGGAACUGGUCACCCAGGCCAACCCCCCUCAGGUUUGCCCCCAAGGCAACCCCCACUCUGCACCCUGCAGGGCUGGGGUGCUGCAGCUCGAUGAAAGGGGUUGUUUUAUCAUGUUCCCCCCCCCAAAAAAAGUCCUGACCCCAGCCUGAUGUGGAGCUUCAAAAAAGCCUUUAACUGUAGAAAUGAAGCAGAAUAAAGUUUCUCUAGUGUCAUU